UAUAAGUAGCUGUAACUUUUUCAGUGUUCAUAUUCACUCUCACACUUAUAUGUCCGAACCUCUUGUUUUCACACAAUAUCAACACUCCACCACAUUGUUAGUUUCCAUGACAUUGAUAAUACAGAAGUGAAAUCCAAGAUUCAGAGUCAUUUGGAGUAGGACACAUUUCAUGGUGGGGUAUUAGACACAGACAUGAAAUUAUUUUGGGGGCUUCUAUCAUAUAAUUGGACAUAUAUGCUUGCUUCAGUUCUGUCCUUGUUUCUGUCAAAAAUUGUUACCAAGUAUGUCCUUGUGAAGGUGUAAUAAAAGUUGGAAUGCAUUUGGAGGCCUAGUAUUUAGAAAAAUUUUGGAAGCAUUUUUUUCUGUCACUAUUUCCUGGACGAUGACUUCGGAAUUGAAGGUGGGAACGCAAGAAAGGAGCUCCAAUGCUUCAGCAAAGAUUGUAGUGGCUGUCAAGGCAUCGAAUGAAGUACCAAAAACAGCACUUGUUUGGGCUCUGACUCAUGUUGUUCAACCUGGGGAUUGCAUCACUCUGCUUGUGGUUGUCCCUUCACAAAGUUCAGGAAGGAAAUGGGGUUUCCCAAGAUUUGCAGGGGACUGUGCCAGUGGCCACCGAAGAUCUCACCUAGGAACAAGUUCGGAACAAAAAGUUGAUAUUACAGAUUCAUGCUCUCAGAUGAUUUUACAGCUCCAUGAUGUUUAUGAUCCUAAUAAGAUAAAUGUGAAAACAAAACUUGUUCCUGUAUCUCCAUGCGGGUCGGUAGCGGCAGAAGCAAAAAAGAUUCAAACUAGUUGGGUCGUACUGGACAAACAUCUAAAACAUGAAGAGAAACGGUGCAUGGAAGAGCUACAGUGCAACAUUGUGGUUAUAAAGAAAUCACAACCAAAAGUUCUCCGUCUAAAUUUAGUUGGAUCACCUAAAAAGGAACCAGAAGCUGACUGUCAAUUACCUUGUGAGGUGAGUCAGACGUCUACGUCUAAGAAGCGACUGGAAAAGAACGAAUCUCUUGAUUCCAUUCGAGGACCUCAAGUUACUCCAACCAGCAGUCCCGAGGUUUUUACUGCAACUGAAGCCGGAACACCAUCAGUUUCAAGUUCUGAUCCAAGUACUUCCCCAUUUUUAAUUCCUGAGAUAAAUAAAGAUAUGAAGGAGCAAUUGUUAGCUGAAAAAUAUAAUUGCCAACUCGAUGCACUGAGCUCUGACUCAGACAGUGAAGAUAUGUCAACUUCCUCUAGUUUGAGGUUCCAGCCAUGGAUGAAAGACAUUGGCAACUCUCGACGUCAAUCGUCCCCAAGUGAAGAAAGUUCACACAGUUCAAAAUACCACAUUCAAACUAGUACUAUGAGGGCCUUGCACGAGAAGUUCUCUAAACUUGAUCUAAAAACUGGAUACGGAGUGGAAAACUAUAGACCCGAUAUGGAAUUCAGUGGAGAUGUUAGAGAAGCAAUUUCUCUAUCCAGAAAUGCAACCCUGGGCCCCCCUCCAUUAUGUUCGAUAUGUCAGCACAAGACACCUACAUUUGGGAAGCCACCAAGAUGGUUCACCUUUGCUGAAUUGGAACUUGCUACUGGAGGUUUUUCUCAAGCAAAUUUCUUAGCUGAAGGAGGCUAUGGGUCUGUUCACAGAGGAGUCCUUCCUGAUGGUCAGGCAGUCGCUGUCAAGCAACACAAAUUAGCAAGUUCUCAAGGUGAUCGAGAAUUCUGCUCUGAAGUGGAAGUUCUUAGCUGUGCCCAACACCGGAACGUUGUAAUGUUGAUUGGAUUUUGUAUUGAGGAUGGUCAGAGGCUACUAGUUUAUGAAUAUAUCUGCCACGGAUCUUUGGAUUCACAUCUCUAUGGACGUCAUCGAGAUAUAUUGGAGUGGUCAGCGCGACAGAAGAUUGCCUUGGGAGCUGCUCGAGGAUUGCGAUAUUUGCAUGAAGAAUGUAGAGUUGGCUGCAUUGUACACCGUGACAUGCGGCCCAACAAUAUUCUCAUCACCCAUGAUUUUGAACCACUGGUUGGAGAUUUUGGCCUAGCGAGGUGGCAGCCUGACGGGGACACUGGAGUAGAUACUAGAGUUAUUGGAACAUUUGGGUAUUUGGCUCCAGAAUAUGCUGAAAGUGGCCAGAUUACAGAAAAGGCUGAUGUCUAUUCUUUUGGGGUGGUUCUAGUUGAGCUUGUAACCGGAAGAAAAGCAGUGGAUCUUGACCGACCAAGGGGUCAGCAGUGCCUCACAGAAUGGGCACGACCACUCUUGGAGGAAUAUGCAAUUGAUGAGUUGGUGGACCCUCAGUUAAUGGACAAAUAUUCAGAAGAGGAGGUCUAUUGCAUGUUGCAAGCUGCGUCCUUGUGCAUCAGCCGCGAUCCACAAUCACGACCACGCAUGUCUCAGGUGAUCCGGAUACUCGAAGGUGACACAAUCAUGGAAUCAAGUCACAUGUCAACUCCUGGACAUGACGCACACAGUCGGAGUGGAAGGAUGUACCUAAAUCAUCAGCAGCAGCAACAUGAGCACUUCAGUCCUGCAUCGUUGAAAGAUGCAUUUGGCAGCUUUAGUGGAAAGCUUUCUAUUGAUGCUAACAUUAGGCCUGCUUUGAGGGAGAGGGAUAGAGGUAGGAGAGCUUCAUGUGAGAAUGAGUUGUGAAGAGAAUAUAGAGGAGAGCAAGAAUGUGGCUACAUUACAAUAUUUUUGGUAAUAUAAUUUUGUCCUCCACAAGUGACCUUGUAUAGGAAGGAGAAUAUAGAGUCUGGUAAUGUUUUGUACUUCAAGCAAACUGUUGAAAUAUUAUCCAAUGCCAAUUGCUAAGUCAGAUUUGUUACA